GCUCCCCCACCCCCGCCCAGAAAGUCUUCAGCGCUCAGGCUUUCCGGGGAGCUGUUUGAGCCCUUGGCCGCCUACGCCCUUCGAAGUGCGGCCGGCCGCCCCCUCCCCCGAGACAUGGAUGCCCUGGAACUUGCCAGAAAGCUGCAGGAGGAGGCCACGUGCUCCAUCUGCCUCGAUUACUUCACGGACCCCGUGAUGACGGCCUGCGGCCACAACUUCUGCCGGGAGUGCAUCCAGCUAACCUGGGAGAAGGCUAAGAGCAGGAAAGGGGGCAAGAAGCGGCGGGGCUCCUUCCCCUGCCCCGAGUGCCGGGAGCUGUCCCCUCAAAGGAACCUGCGGCCCAACCGCCUGCUGACCAAGGUGGCAGAGAUGGCACGGCAGCACCCGGCUUUCCAGAGGCGGGACCUGUGCAGGGCGCACCAGGAGCUGCUGAAGCUCUUCUGUGAGGACGACCAGAGCCCCAUCUGUGUCGUCUGCAGGGAGUCCCGGGUGCACCGGCCCCACAGGGUUGUCCCCAUAGAGGAGGCUGUGCAGGAGUACAGGGUGAAGGUUAGGGAGCAGAGACAGCGCAUCCUGGUGGAGUUUCAAAAGAUGGGCCUCCUUCUUGUGGAGGAGGAGCAGCGUGUCCUCCAGGCCCUGAAGGAGGAGGAGGAGGAGGUGGUGGCCAAGCUGCAGGAGAGCUCAUCCACCCUGGAGAGGCAGAGCCACACCCUGGAGAGGCUGCUGCUGCAGCUGGAGGACAGGAACCAGCACACACCCCUGCAGAUGCUGCAGGACAUGAAGGAGCUCCUGAGCAGGAAGAACAGCCUGAGUGUCCAGUACCCGGAGGCCACCCCGACCGUGCUGAGGACCGUCUGCAGGGUCCCUGGGCAGAUAGAGGUGCUCAAGAGUUUUCAAGAGGAUGUGGUGCCGGACCCCACCACCGCAUACCCCUACCUCCUGCUGUAUGAGAGCCGGCAGAGGCGCUACCUGACGCCGCCCCUGGGAGGCGUGCCCCCCAGCAAGGACCGAUUCCUGGCCUACCCCUGCGCGGUGGGCCAGCAGACCUUCUCUUCCGGCAGGCACUACUGGGAGGUGGGCAUGAACCUCACGGGCGAUGCACUCUGGGCACUGGGCGUGUGCAGGGACAACGUGAGCCGCAAGGACAAGGUCCCCAAGUCCCCUGAGAAUGGGUUCUGGGUGGUGCAGCUGUGCAAGGGGAAGAAGUACCUGCCCAUCAUGGCCGCCCCAACCCCUGUCACCCUGGCCGAGCCCCCCAGCCACGUGGGGGUCUUCCUGGACUUCGAGGCAGGAGAGGUGUCCUUCUACAACCUGAGGGAUGGCUCCCACCUGCACACCUACGCCCAGCGUGAAUUCUCCGGCCCCCUGCAGCCCUUCUUCUGCCUCGGGGCCCCCAAAUCAGGCCAGAUGGUCAUCUCUACAGUAACCCUGUGGGUGAAGGGCUAGGCCACCUGCCAGGUUUCUGUCUGCUGGCACCUUGGUGAGCCCCCAGCCGUGCAAGGCACUUUCACUAAAAUGAAACAUAAUCCGGAUUAAAGCAGUUAAUGAUAGAGGCUAUAUUCGCACGCAUUUCAUGAAGAAAACUUGGACAGCCGCGGAGCUCCCUAGUGGACCGAUUCCAAGGAAGGACAUCCAGCCCCAGGCGCCUGUGAUGCACUAGCUCUGGGAUAAGUAUGCCCACCUAGGAAUGGAGCCAGAGGACUGGCCCCGCUGUGCUUUGGGUUAUACACAGAGAGCCACGGCCUCCAGGGUCCACCUGCUUUGUCUUCCAAACACUCGGUGUUUGCACCUUGCAGCAAAAGGGGAAGGGGAGGAGGCGGUGAUGAGAAAACGAAACUGCAAACCGAAUCCCUAAAAACCUCAGAGCUCUCCAGCCCUUACGUCGUCGCACAAGCCGGGGCGCAGUUGAGUAGGCGUCACGGGUGGGAGGGACCCCUUUCCACCCGCCGCUCUCCGCACUUUCAGGCGCAUUCACAGCCCUGUGGUAGGCUGGCUACCCCAGAACCCCAGUCAGUGAGUGCCUUCCCCAAGAGACCAGAGCCCCUCCCUGCACGCAUCCUGCUCGUGCCCGGUCCAGGGGCGCACAGGACACGGCUUGGGGCUUGCCAGCGCAGCCUCAGGGCGCCCGCGUCCUCGCAGUCGCUGUGCUGCGCGGGGAACCCAGUGAACGCGCCGGACGCCGGGUCAGCCCGGGUCUGCAGCGGGUCAGGACGCGAGGCCGACGUGACCCCAAUGCCCCCACUGCACGCGGGG